GGUGGUGUGGGAGGAGGAAGCAGCUGCCCAGGUGAGCAGGAGGUGAAGCAGUGCAUUUGGCGGGCAGUAAGGGCCAGGCUGGAAGAAAGCUGUUUCAGCCCGAGCUCCCUGUGUGUCUGUCAUCUGUUCUCCCUGACCAGGCCAUUGGCCUUCAGGUCUGACAUGCUUGACCUCUUCCUAGAGGCAGCCAAUGGGGCUACACACCUGGACUUGCCUCACCAGCGUUGGGCUUUAGAGUUUGGGGUUUUGUUAAGUUGCUGCUGUAGGAACAAUACUGGAGCAGCAGGGGAAGAGAGAAAAGGUUUGCAUCUUUGAUUUUCUACCUCUUUUCCUUGAUGCUAUGCAGAUGAAGCCCAAAUAUAUUUUCUUUUCCAAAAUGUCUUUCACCGACUCAGUGAAAUACACAGCUAAGAUCUUGGUGAUGUUUACAACCCCCCGUCGUUAUCAGCACACCACUGCAGAACUACAAUUAGAGCCCAGAGAAUGGCUGAGCGCUGGAGAUGGAUGUUCAUGUUCUGUCUUUCUAAUCCAGUCUCAGAAGCUGUUUGGGUAGUGCAAAUGAUAAGAACACAAACGUUUUUUUCUUCUUCUUUUUUUUUUUUUUGAUCACUUUUAAAGUCAUUGUUGUCACCAUCUUUUCUGAUUCCUUUUCUGAGGUGAGUUCAACUCUUCAAGUUAGCCUAAAUGGCAGUUCCCUGAGAAGCAGUGACUUGUCACUUGUGCUGCUUCUUCAUGUCUGUGGGGAUCAAUACUCUUCUGAGGAGACCUAACAGAGCAUUGCCCAGCAAAGGAACAAUGAAUAUUUCUUCUUACAUCUCUGCAUCAUCUGUAGGAGGCCCCCCCAAUUCCUCUGAAGGCCACUUCCACCUGUGUAGUUGCACAGGAGAUGUUGCUUUCACAGAGGCAUAAGAACAGCAGCAAAAGCAGCCCAUGGUCCUAUCCCAAAUACCUCUUUGUGGGCUAACUGAGGUGUAUUUGUAGGGGUGCGGAGAAGGAGAGGGAGGUAUGCAAGAAUAUGAAGGAGGCAGCUAGGAAAAAAUGGCAGCAAUGAAUUAGGGUUGGACUGUUUGAGCAACUUGGAGCAGCUGGAGCUGCUGUGGGCAGGGAUUUUUUGGCAUAAAGCCUAGGAACAGCUCAAUUCCAAAAAAGCAGCUGGCAAAUUAGUGCAGUCUGGUAGUACAGACUGCGUAGUGUGCACUUCUUUGUCUUAAAGGGAUCGACUCAUGCCUUUAUUAGCCACUGGGAUAGGAAAAGGCACACGAGAUUACAGAAAGGAACAGUGUAAGAUGAGAAGGUGCAGGGAAGGAAUAAAUUCAUGUGUGUAAAUUCAGAAUGUUUCAUGCAAGUUUCCUAGGAUGCAGCAGUCAUCUUCAACUGAAGUUCAUAGAUUUUCUAUUGAAGCAUAUCAAGGUACUUCUAAUUAAUAUCUGAGACAAAUUAAAUACAGGUAUGCUUAUCUGAAUGUGAGUAUCAAGUUUAAGCAGAUAAAUUUGACUAGCCCCAGGUUAGGUUGCUUUCGAAUGUGUUUUAAACUUCGUUUGUUCCUAUAGUGUUGUAUUAAGAGAACUAAGUUUGCUUGAAGACCUCUCCUACGUACCUGACCCAAAAUACAACUAUUUUGAUGUGCAGCAGUUUAUACUGGAACAGUCUGAAGCUGCCCAAAACUGGCUUAAGUAAGGUGCAGAGGUUAGCUUCAAGACUGGCAGGAAGAAGUGUGAGUCCCUGCCUGGGUACGCCUGCUGACCGAGGCUGGGCAGCAGCGCUGCCUCCUUGCCCGCUGCUAAGCGGUUUUAUUAUUUAUUCUCAGUGCCCAGCGUGUCAUGGUAUACAUUUGGGCAGAUGACUUAAAAUUUGUACUGGUGUGGAACAGUUCAUGCAGAAUGCGUGGAGGCUCUGGCCAAUAUGAAGUUGCCUAUUAAAUCAUAUUCUCUGCCAAGUCUGGCCACCAAUGAAGGUUUAUGUUUUUCUUCUACGUGGCACUGGUGCUGUAAGUGCCACAUUUCCAGUCCAGCCCCCUUGUGCUUAAUUAAAGAACUGCUUGAAUGCCUGGAAUGUCUCCGUAAUCUCAGCUCUGUGAAAUACCACUGCCUGUGCUCUAAGAGGAGGGGCAGAGGGACCAAGUAUGGAAGGUAAACCUUCUUCCCAUCUUUCUAGAAUUCUCUUCCACAUACUAGGAUAGAGGAAAAGCAGCAACAACAAGAAACCCAUAGAAGUCCAAGUGCCAGUGCUUAAAUGUAGUGCCAGUGUCUGUUUUAGAGGUCUUGGCUGCAGAACAUUGCAGUGCUUCAAAAGCAAAACCUUGAGUAAGUUCACCGCAGCUUGCUGGGAAAGGACUGAAUGUCCUACGGUAAUUCUCUUCUCUUUGGUUCUCCUCAGUCCUAUAAAGGGUCGUUUGAUUCUCAUUAACUCUUUAAUUCCAGGUUAAGGGUUCGUUCCUGCGAUAAGCAUUUAAAAUCACUUCUAAAAGUCCUGUAUCGAGCUGGUAGCUCUACGUGACAGAAUUCCAUUCAUAACUAAAGGGUAGCAAAUGUAAAAGGGAUGUGCUCAGUAUGCCUGAGUGUGCAAAUACCAUCGCUUGCAAGACUUAAUUUUGGAGAAGGUCUGCGCAGAGAGCACUAGAUGGCACUGCAGUACAGAGCGGCUCCUCACGGAGGCUGCCCGCUCUCCUUGGCUGCCCGCAGAGAAAACGUGCGCUGAGGGCAAAGCGAAAAUCAUCGCGUUUGUUCCACGCUAAAAGAUUUGACUUUUGUCUCAGGAAUUCUCCCCUUCCCUCCCACUCCCCUUCCUUCCUUCCCCUGUUUAGCUUUGCCAGUGUUCCCCAUGGCUUUUCACAGCUCAUCUUGAAUGUAUUUCUUGCUCUUCUGACAAGUUUGGCAGGUUUUGGAACAUAAAGCUUUAUGAAUGGUUACCAUUGCUGCAACUGAUUACCCUAAGAAUCACAUGAUAGACAAUAAAUGGAACCACAAGUUCUAAGGGAGUUCUUUCUACUUUAUUAAUCCCUCUGGUAACUCAGCUUGGUUCUUGAGCACUUGCCAUCUGUCACUGCGCCACAUAAUCAAGUAUUUGGGGCUUGUGCUGGACCUGCCAUGACUGGGAACCUGCCCUGCCUGCUAAUUGCCAUGCCUCGUAGGGAUGGGUGGUGGGCUAGCUCAAGUGAUUUUUUUCCAGCUGCACAUCAGUUAAAUGGGCUCCAUGCAGCAGGAGCUCAGCCUGCAUUACCCCUUGGCCUCUCCUCCGUCAGGAGUUUGAUAGCACUGUUUCCAAACAGCACGGCCAAGAUCUCACGACAGUGAGUGCAGCAGACUGUGGCCAGUUUAGGUGGAGGCAGUCGCAAAUAAAAGAACACUUCUACAUGUUUUCAGCUUGCCACUCACCAGCAUUCCCAUUUGUGCAGGGUCUUUAUGAAAGGUAACGGUUAGGCCAGCACUGCUGAGGCUCUUGCAGCAAAUGUUGAGUCCUUGUUGUAAGGAAAGGAACAAAGCAAGAACUAUUGAAAUAAGCCAUAAAUCUCAUCUCCUAACGGAUAGCACGGCCACACGUGCAUGGCAGACAGAAUGAAGUUCAAUGUGCAGUUUUAUAGAGGCUGUCAUGCUUUGUCUCUCUUCCCAGUCAUGCCAUCACAGUUUGGGAUCUCAUACUAUUUUCAGGAGUCAGAGAACCAGGAACAUGCUCCUGCUUUGCGAUUGAUCAGCAGGAGAUUCAGAGCUGAUGGGAGAAGUUCACUGGGCUCCACACCACUCCCGAGAUACUUUCUGUUAAACAGCAAUUACAAACUCCUGCAUCUUUGAUCUCCUCGUUGGCUGUUUCUUGCUGGUUCUGUCUAGCUUGCUUCAGCACUUUGGGAAAGACAUACCUGUCAGCUCAGGGCCAUCCCAUGCACUCAGUCAUUCAAAGAUAGUGUAGCUUUGCUUAUGUAAUGCGAUGUGCUUUGGUGCUUUGUUUCCGCUUUUGUCUCCUAUCUAUUACACCUUCAAUAGCAAUUUCCUUUGUUACGGAUAUUUUCUGCCCUUCUUUCAAUGACUACAGGACAUUCCAGUGUCUGGUCCCAACGUGAUCAACUGGUCUGAAAAGCAAUGAAGAAACAGGCUGAUGGCUCUGGUCUGCACAGGACGUGAAUUCAUGGUGUGCCUUUCUAGAUACUAUCAUUCUUCACAUAAGUGAAAUAAUCUGAUAGGUGCUUUUACCAUAUGGUAAAAACAGCUCCCAGCGCCAACCUGCCCCUCUCUAUGGUAAGACUGAACGAGAACAUAGACUUCACUGGGGAGCAUUAAGGUAUGAAGGCAAGAAAAAGAAGAUAGACACUCAAUCGCUACUGAAUUGUGGUAAGACACGGAGGUGCACGCAGGUGUGGGGAAACAUUGGCCCCAAGCUCUUUGCAGUAGAAUUUGAUAAAUACCCAAGAAAGACCUAUGUUAAGUGGUUUGCCUUCAUUCUGCCAUCUUUUCUUUUUUGAAUGGUUCAGUCUUCAAAGAGGUUGAAGAAAGAGGCUUCUUAUUUACACAGAAAAUUAAGGCAGAACUUCAUCAAGGUUGUGAUAACGGUGGUCUACGUCUGUGAGAAGAGCAAGUGGUGAUGGCUGGUUUGAAACUUUCAUACAUGAUGGUUGAAGAGUAGUUUUUGUAUGAGGACUUCAGUAAUCACUUGAAGGGUCAAAGAAUCUAUUUUUAACAGAAAAAUGUUUGCAUUAAUUCUGUAAAUAUUGUACUAACCAUUCCGAUGAUUUUUUUCAGAGUAAAGCAGUUUUAAACGAUUUGGCUGUAACUUAUUUGCAGGGUCACCCAUAAGUUAGACAAAUACUGAAGUAAUUGAUUUGAAGUCCUUUGGUAACAUUGUGAGAAUGCCAUUAGCAUUAGUUUCUGCACCCAGAUUAAUACUGACUGAGAUGACAAAAUCAAGUGCUGUAAUUCUCUCUUCCUGCUGAAAAGCUAUAAGCUGAGUCUGCUGGACCAUCAGGGCAGAUCUUAAAAGUCAACAUGUGUAGUGUUUUUCAAACUGGAGUAAACUUCUAAUCUGCGUCCAGAAAAACAGUAUUUCCUUCUCUGUUACAGAGAUUCCAGUUUUAAUGCCUAACUUAUCAAAGCAAAAACUGAUAGAAUUUCGCUCUGGCUGAUUUUACUUUACUGAAAAUUUUUGGGGUGAAAAUCUACAGUGCCGUUUACAUCGCUUACUUCAGAACUAAUAAUUUCUGAAAAGGCUUCAUCCAAGCCCUGCUCAAAGCCAGGAGCAUUUAGGUACCUCUGUCCUUUUCCUUUUGAAUAAUGGAGUUUAUGUUCCCAAAAGGCUUUGCUUUUGAAAAAUAUCAGCCUCGAUGUAUCUGUGCCAUGUCAGAUGAUUGCAUUCAUAAAGCAUAUCUUGUUCUUGAGGUAGUAUAAAAGUCAGUUUUGUUUGAAAACAGUUAAUCAAAUGGUGACAAGCUUUAACUCCUCAUUUACUUUACAAUGUGAUACAAAAUAAAUUGCAAACGUGGGACUGAAAGGACCCUGUGGGUCACCGAGUUCAUCCCUAAUUCUGCAGAUGGAUAUACGUGUCUGACGAGCCUACACCUUUCAGUAGUCUAAAAAUAUAAAUGCAGAACCACCGUAAACACAACCUAAUAUAUGCACAGAGGUUUCUGCAACACUACUGUGUUCUGUCUUAAUUUCACCUUGGUAUUCUGGUUGUGGCUAGCAAACAGAGACGCACUCACAGACAGACAAAGAGUCUGUUGGCUGCCACACAUGUUGGCUUUUAGCUAAAGAGGUCAGUAACACCUCCUCCUUCUCAUCAUCAGCUCCUGUGACUGUGGAUAGUUGCAGAUGAAGUGUAACUUUCCUGGUCAGGACACCCGGAGUCCACUACUGAUGUAGGGCACUACCCUUGUUUCACACUUGGAGACACAGAAGAUAGGAGAGAAGGAAAGCGAGUGAACCCAGCAUUCCUGUAGACCACUGAUAUCAGAGGAAAAGCAACAGGAUUAUUGUUUUCCCUAGCACAGCAUUUAAAAGAUGAAUAAUGACUCUGUUGUCUUCCUUGGGGACUCCAAGAAGAAUGUUUUUUGUUCUUGUGAAGAUCAGGUUCUGGAAAGAGAGGGUGACACACUGUGAUCACAGCUUAUCUAUAUCAGCCUACUUCUGCUUUCAGAGUCCAGAGCACAACUUUAUGUAUCUGGAAGACCUGAAUCAAUUUAUAGGAAAAAAAAUUGUCAGGCUGGUGUAUACCACUGAGAUUAGACAUUCUAGGGUUUGAAAUCCCUCAGUGUUAAGGACGACAGUCCCUAAUACAAAUUUAAGUCAUUUACAAAGCAGGGAUUAAAGACUAAGUAUUCCACUCUGCUAAAAAAUCUUACGGCUGUACAAAUAAGCUGCUUCAAGACCCGUGUCUCGGAUGUCGGACUACUUUACUCUUAUCUGCAGCUCCUUAUUUUUGUCUCUCUGCUGCUCUGUUCUUUAUUUUCCUCUGGAUUCCUAGCUGCUCUGGUAACUGGCGUUGGUGAAUAUGGAAUUAACUUGUUUAUGCCUAAGGUAUCAUUAAAAGAAAAAACAACAAACCACCCUACCUCAGCGGGGUUCAUCUCAAAAGUAUUUCCCCUCAAAAGCCACCUUUGAUGAAUCAUUUAUUCCCAUUUUUCUAAAUAUCAAGUGAAAGCAAAAGAAUCAGCCUCAGUGCUGCCAUAAGUUUUAGAUUUGUACUGCAAUUGCCGGUUUAAUCUCACUGUGAAUGAGAAAUAAAGCAGUACUUCUUUCUCUGUAAUUGAAAGGGCUCGGUUUCAGAUUCAUGAAAAUGAGAUUGCAUGAAUACUCCAAAGACAAGUUAUAUUCAUCUCCACAUCUCCAUCUUCAAAUUAAAAGUAGUCUUUUCAUAAAGAAAAAAAAUAAUGAUGCUCUGAUCAAAAUUCUGAGAGUUAUAAAUAAGGAAUCUGUACACAAAGGAACUUUGUAUAGUCGGUAGAGGAGUGUCAUAUGAUGGCAAAAGCACAUGAGGGUCACCCUGAGGAUUACAUCAUCUGGAGGAGAACACAACAUGCAUCUCUUAUAUGAAAAGCAUGUAGACAAAACCUUGUAUUUGCAAAGCCUUAGCUUCUUGGUCUCCAGUGUCUUAUUAAAUGUAUGAGAGGUUAUUUUUACCCUCUUUACGUUUAUCUUUCCUGGACAUGCAAUAUUAAUCCUUACUUAACUUCACAGCCUACCAUGUGGGAGAAUUAAUUUGUGUUGAGAGCACUCUUCUUAUAGAAGAAUUUUAAUGCAUUGUGACAGGUAACUUUUUUCUACUUGCAGGGAGAAAGAGCGAGUGUUUGUGUGAACCUCACUAACUGCUUCUGCUCUGUGUAUUGACCUUUAUCUCUUAGCCUCAUAUACGUGUGCAUUAGACACAAAGGGUUUGAAAACAGCAGAAAAUAUCCCAUGAUAAAGGGAACAUUCAAUGUGUGUUGCCCAGUCCUUCAAAGCUUCAAGGACGGAAGUAUGCUGGACUAAGUGCAAUUUCAUUUGUAAGUAAGAUUUAAUAAAACUAAGACCGUAUGGUGCUCAGCAAGAUGCAGUUCAGUACAGAAGACAGCCAAUCAGUGUAUAUUCUAUUUAACAGAAGCUUUGACUUCCUAGAGAUAAAGCCUGAGGACAGCAGAAGUGACAGAAGUGUUGACAAGACAAACUUGUUCCUAUUAUGACUUCCUUCAUGAGAGACUGAAGGGAGGCAGCUCUGACAGUCAUGCGAGGAGGAAAGUCUGAACGUAGCUGGAGAUGGAUCUACAGCCUGCAGGUUGCCCUUGUUCUCCUUUUCAAAUCAAAUGUCACAUUGACUCAAAUCCAGCGUUGGAAGCAUGUGGGGAACUGCAGCAUAUCAGCCCGGCACAAUGUAUCCAUCAGACCGGAAGGAAGCCCAAAACCAAAACUCCACUGGCCAAAAUGCAUCCUCUCCAGAAACCCCAAGUACCUCCUAAGCCUGUCCACCUCAAACCUGGGCAAGAAAGAAUUCCUCCUGCACCUUCUCGGCCUUUACCAGCUGAUCCCAAGUCAUCACGGAGCUUAGCUCCCGGAGAGGACGAAAUUCCAAUAUCAGCAGGAGUCAACACUCUCAUUGAGAAGUUUGAAAGUAUUAGGCAACCUGUACAUAUUCUUCAAAGGAACCAGCUGAAUUUAGCUCUUAAGAUGGAACCGGGCCUGGACUCAUCCAAACAGUCGAGCUCGUGUGACUGUGACAUGGUAGCUUCCAGCAGCUGUUCAACGAAUGAAAAAAGUGAACCAGAUGAAAAUGAGCCAGACGUACCGUGCAGUGCAGAUCUAUCGAACACAGACAUAAUGAAAAUUAAAGAGCUAAGCAUAGGCGAUAACAAAAGCCAUGAAGACUGUACUGCUGUGAAUGAGAGCAAAGAACCCUCUAGAGAGCUUGGCAAUAAAGACUCAACUGCAGAACUGAACGGUAAUGGUAAAAUUCCCAACAGAGACAGUGGCAUUGACAGCCCUUCUUGUAGCGUGGCAGGGGAAACUUUCCCCAGCGAAGAAGGUGCAGAGCAGAAGAAGCCUGGUGUGUCUGGGAAUCCGGGGGAGAUGGAACCUGACAGAAAGAGCACCAGAUCUUCCUCUGCAGAGCAGAAGAGAGACUCCACACAGGAUGAAGACAGUGACAUUGAUGAAGGAAGUAGUGAGGAACAAGAAACAGCAGAAGUGCCAAAGUUAGAGUAUAUGGAUGUAAACAAGUGUACAGAGCCCCAAAAGCUGUUCAACAUUGCAAACGAGCUGCUCCAUACAGAAGAAGCGUAUGUUAAAAGACUCCAUCUGUUGGAUCAGGUGUUCUGCACUAAGUUGUCAGAAGCAGGUAUUUCAUCUGAAGUGAUAACGGGCAUCUUUUCAAAUAUCUCUUCUAUCUAUUGUUUCCACGGACAAUUUCUUCUUCCUGAGCUCAAAACAAGAAUUACACAAGAAUGGAAUGUGAACCCACGGUUAGGAGACAUCCUGCAGAAACUGGCUCCUUUUCUGAAGAUGUAUGGAGAAUACGUGAAGAACUUUGACAGGGCAAUGGACAUGGUGAACACGUGCAUGCAGAGGUCAUCUCCUUUCAAAGACGUUGUUCAGAAUAUACAGAAACAGGAGGUGUGUGGAAACCUGACGCUACAGCAUCACAUGCUUGAACCUGUGCAAAGGAUUCCUCGUUAUGAGCUUCUCCUGAAGGACUACCUAAAGAAACUUCCAGAAGAAUCUCCAGACAGGAAAGAUGCUGAAAAAUCGCUGGAGCUCAUAUCUACAGCAGCAAACCAUUCGAAUGCUGCCAUCAGAAAGAUGGAAAAGAUGCACAAGCUUUUGGAAGUCUAUGAGCGACUCGGUGGUGAAGAGGAUAUUGUUAACCCAGCCAAUGAGCUCAUUAAAGAAGGACACAUUCAGAAACUUUCAGCAAAGAAUGGCACAGCACAGGAUAGGUAUUUAUUCCUGUUUAACAGCAUGGUGCUGUACUGUGUGCCAAAACUCAGGUUGAUAGGCCAGAAGUUCAGUGUUCGAGAAAAGAUGGACAUUGGAGGACUGCAGGUCCAAGAGAUUGCCAAGCAAAACGUGGCUCAUACAUUUUCAAUAACAGGAAAAAAGAGAUCACUGGAACUACAGGCCAGGACAGAAGAGGAGAAGAGGGAGUGGAUUCAGGUCAUCCAGGCAACAAUUGAAAAGCACAAACAGAACAGUGAAACCUUUAGAGCUUUCAAUAGUUCUUUUUCUCAAGAAGAGGAACAUCUUCCUGAUUCAUCAAUAGCAAGUACGAGCUCUGUGGAAUCGAUGCCAGGAGCAGACAGUGGUGCAUUUGGGGGGAGCGAUUCCUGUAGGAAAUCUUCCAAGUCCAAGCGGGACAAGGAGAAGCAGACAUGCAAGAGCUGCAGUGAGAGCUUUAACUCUAUCACUAAACGGCGGCACCACUGCAAGCAGUGCGGAGCAGUGAUCUGUGCUAAAUGCUCGGAGUUCAAACCGCUUGCAGAUAAUAGUCGUCACAAUCGAGUGUGUAAAGAGUGUUUCCUGCAGCUGCCAAUAAGUCCAUGCAGCCCUGGGGUGGAAGCAGUAGGAGAACAGAAGAAAAGACAAGCUGCAGAGAAGCAAAGCUUGUUAGCACCUGAAAACAGCCUCUUCAGCAGCUACCUCCAGUUCCUUGAAAAAGGGAAGACUUGGUACAAAAUGUGGGUGACCAUCCCCAAGACUGAACCUCUUGUUCUGUACCUGCAAGGAAUGAGCCAGGACGGACGGGGUCCACGUCCUAUUCCUCUGCCGGGAUACGAAGUCAGUUUUCCAGGUUCUGGUGAGAAGUUUGAAGUGAAGCACGUAUUUAAGCUCUGCCAGUCCCAGCAAACUAUAUAUUUCAGUGCAGAAGAUGAAGAGCUGCAGCUGAAAUGGAUGGAAAUUCUCGCCAAAGCAGCCAAAGGGGAAACUGAAGACGUAGCUGAAGGGCUCAGCAGCCCGUAGAGCAAGUUCCAUUUAGUUUCUUUUGUACAUGCUAUAAACCAUCACUUGAAUUUUGGUAUUCAUGGCACUUUGAAAUCUGUAUGGCUUUAUAUUUUCAUGUGUCUGCAUAGGAAAUUCAGUGGUUUCUCUCCUUUUAUUGUACAUUUCUCACGUACAGUAGUUAUCUGGCAUAUGUUAAUGGAAAAGGUAGUUGUAGUUGUUGGUGGUGUUGAUGCUGGUUAAAAAAAAAAAAAGACAAGGAGAAAAGCAUUAAUUUUAUCAAAGGUAAUGGAAAACCAUUGGUCUCUUGUUUUCCUAACUGUAUAUUUUCCAGUCCUUUUGAUUGCUGUUCAGUGCAGGAUGUGUAUAGUCUGUGAUUAGUUCUAUAAAUGCUGCCUCUUAAGUUAAAUGUUGUAAAGGCUUGUGCUGGCCACUGACAUUCCGUUCGCUGUCCUCUCCCUCCUGGUAAAAGGUCUUUGUGAAGUGUGAGCAACGUACUGAAUAUUUUCUUUUGCUAAACCUUUGUCUCUGCUAUUUUGAGAUGACCUGUUCACAAGACAAAUACUGUAGAAGGGACUUCUAAAAAUGACUGCAAAACUGUGCAGGGAAGAACAUUAAGAAGCCUCACUGAUUUUAAGCAUUUAUAAUAUUGUUUUGUUUUCUUUUGAAACCAAUACCUUCCUUACUUCUAUUUGAACCCAUUUUAAUGUAAGUGAACAAAUGUUUUAUACUGCCAACUGGGAUACGAUCAAUAAACAAGAACAUUUUUAGUACA